ACUAAGAAGCAAACGCAGAGGCGGCGAAACUGUGCCAACGCCGUCGCCGUCGCCGUCGCUCUGCCCUUGCCGGAUAUCAAAGACAAUAACAAUUGCGAUCCGGCACCCUCUCAUCAGCCACAACAACAAACAGCCCAACAGCCAUCGGCCAUCGGCCAUCGGGCAUCGGGCAUCGGCCAGUGUAUAUAAGAGCGUUCGUAUCAGCGUAACGGUGUGCAUUCAGCAUUCGACUUCGAAACAAUCGUUGCCAGAGAAGAGCUCAAUUUUCAGUCGUAUCUCGCCGCUCGCAGCAAACGGAUCAGGCCACGGAACAGCAGCAGCUCGGAGCAAACAAGUACGCAGCGCCAUCUGUGCGAAAGUAGCCAAAGUGCAGUGCAUAUUUAACGGAUUAUAUUGCGACCAUCAAAGCUGACAAGGUGUUAAACAAAAUCCACUUCGAUGUCGAUUAAUUCGCCAAUACUCUUAAAAAACUCUGACCUGCAUUGAACAGGCAAAAGCGAAAGGCAACAAUACGCUCAAAAAGAAACCCCUGCUAAUUUGCUAAAACAAAUAGCAAAUAAAACAUUAUAAAAAAAGCAAAAUACUAAUUAGAACACAAUCGAAAAUAAUUCUGUAAAAAGCGGCUGGCAACAAUAAGUUGUUUGCUUUUUAGUUCGCGUUACGUUCUUUUUUCAUUUCUUUGGGUUUUUUGAUAAAACUACCAAAACAAAACAACUAAGUGUAUACAGUUUGGGAGCAACUGGCAGGCCCCAAACAGCAAAUCGAUCAAAAAAAAAAAAAGAAGAACCUUCAAUUUUGUUAUUCGAGACAAGGCAAAAACUCGCGUGUGUAGUGUAGAACAUUCACAAGAAAACAACAACAAAACACUACACUACAACAAGAACCGCAACAUUGUUUAUUGGGCUUAGGCCAUUGUAUGGAUCAGUCUAAACCAUCAACGAAAUUUGGAGACGAGCCGGACCUCCUGUUCAACCGAGCGCAGGGCCGGAAUAGUCUGCAGAGUCUUGGAGCUUGCUCUGCCGCAGCCGCAGUUGCAGCCGCAGCCGCCCAAGCAUCUUUGAGUCCAAGCGUCAACGCAGCGCGACAAUUCGCCAACAUUCAACUAGAAGCAACAUUCAAUGACUGUGAAAGUGGCUACGUGCCCACCGUGGGCCGCUGGGGAGCCGAAUGGCCAAGCUGACUCGCCGCAGGAGUUGGCCAUGGCCGGGAUGGAGCGGCGCCGCCGCCGAGCUAUGCCAGCGAUGAAGAUGGCAUUUGCGGCGAUGCUGCUGCUGGAGGAGCCGCCGGCGGCUUUAGCUCCACGCAGGAGCAGCAGCUGGCGGAUGCGAUGCGCGGAAUGGGAUUGACUACGAAGGUUGACUACGCCCAUGUGCAAGCUGAUAAGUCAAGCAGUUGCGCUUCCCGAGCCACGCCCAUACGGACGCCCUCGACAUCAAGUGAGGACUACGAUGAUGAUGUUGAGGAGCCGCAGUGGACGCCUAACACCGACCUGACAUCGGUGGCAGCCCCUUCGGAGCGCUACUCCGACAUCAUCCAGCUGCUGGCCAGGCAGAAGUCACCAACGCAGCAGCAGCAACAGCAGCGACACCCAGGCGCCAACUGGGCAAUGGCUGAUGGCUACGAUCUGAGCGCCUACAAUCAGAUCAACGGUGUCUGGCCGCUGGGCCACCCGUUGCCGCUGCCCGACUGGGGCAGCGCCGAGGAGCCCGCGAAGGGCACCUUGGUUUUCGAGAACGUGUGGCAGUACGAGGAGCUAAAUGGCAUUGUGGAGACGGCACUGCAGCGCAUGCUGGAGGAGACCCACUACAAUACGGUUAAUCUCUUUGUGGACUUCUAUCGCAGCUUUAAACGCACUCGCCGCUCCGAUUUGCGUAGUUUCUUUCAGUUCUACGAUGUGCCCAUCAAUCGUCGCCAUCACAUGUGCGUCUCGUUGGCCUUUGAGAUCAUGGCGCGACUGGUGCAAAUGUUUCCGGAGCUGGGCCAGUAUCUGUAUGUGGUGUCCUGCGAGGAGCAGGUGGUCGACUGCAACGAUUAUGUGCAAAUGGACGAGGAGUACGGCAUGAAUUCGGCAGAUGCCGGUGUCGAGAAGGAGCACGUGAUGGUUGCCAUGCGUUUCGCCAUUGGCGAGCGUCGUGGUGUCAUGAUCCUGGAUCCGGGCUAUCAUGUGGGACGCGCCGUAACGGUCAUGUGCGACCAGAGCUAUCCACACACAGGCUGGUUCAACCAAUCGAAGGAGCCGCAUCUGCAGCGGGAUUACUGCUAUAGCUUCAGCCAGUAUAGCGACAAGUUUGUGGAAUGGAAGGAGCGUGAAAUACGCGGUGACGAGGCCAGUUUCAAGACGUCACUGAUUUACAUUGCCCAGGAGUACAUGACCGCCGUGGAUGUGACUGUUCGCCGUAAUCUGGUGUACAAUUUCCGGUCGCUGCUCUCACGCGACGCCAAGGGUCGUGUCUAUGCCGGACUCUACUUCCCGCUGGUAUCCAAUGUGCAGGAGGCACAUCUAACACUCUUCUACGAUGGGCCCAGUGAGCAGCGCGUCAAAACCAAGCUGAUGUUUAGCGCCUUUAAAGUGGGCAAGGGCAAGCUGCCCGAUUAUGUGUCGCAGCAUCUGAUGAAGCUAUCGCCACAGCUGAAUAUGUCUCAGCACGAGCUGACGGAGCUGUGCAAAUCCCUGUGCGAGGUAGUUUCCGAUCAAAAUUUCAUUAGCCAGGUGCUGGCCAUUAAUGACGAUAUCGGUGUUAUGUCCACGGAGAAUUGACAGUUAAAGCAGCCUAAGAAUGCCGCUGCGUUGUCCAUGAAGGCGAUCGAGGAGCACAACAACGAAGCAGCUGCAACUUAGACGAGGAGUUUCAAAAUUUUAAAAUCCAUUUUCCCUUUCAAAACAAAUUUAUUUUAUAGUAUUUAGGCGCACCUA